CAGAAUGUACGUAGAAACGUUUCUGGUUCUCUCUUGUCUGACACUUUUUUGUAUUGUUGCCUCUCUCUGGCUCUUCCAUUUCGCACUUUCGCCCAAUAGAUCUCAACCUUCAGCAUACUCUGUAAUCAUGUCAGGCAAGUAUAUCAUAUCUGCUGUACUUGGAUCAUUUGGAGUUGCUUGGCUUUGUGAUCAUGUUAUUGCAGACAAAAAGAUAUUUGGAGGAACUACCCCUGGCACUGUUUCAAACAAUGGGUGGUGGGAAGAGACUGACAAAAAAUUCCAGUCAUGGCCUCGUACUGCCGGUCCACCAGUGGUCAUGAAUCCUAUAAGUCGCCAAAAUUUCAUUGUGAAGUCUCGCCCAGAGUAAAUUUUGUUUAUUGAUUUUGAGCUAAUUGGUGCACCUUGGUCAUGGGAUGUCUCCAUAAAUGGUAGUCAUGUUUGAGGUGAAACUCUUGCUGUUCAAUUAGUGUUUGGACGUUUUACCUUGUGAAUGUUUUCCUUGUCUAAAUAAAAUGUUACUUUCACAAUAAUUGAUUGAUUGAUGCAUAUUGUUGUAUUCAAAGUCUAUAUUUAGUCUUACCUUGAAAUGGAUGGGAAUGAAUGCCUAAAGGCUAAAAAUCUAAAAUUAUGUUUAGCAGACGUGUUUGCUAAAAAUAUUAUGAGUAGUUUAUGGUGUGAUUCUUUCUCUGCAGCAAUUGUCUCUGCUACUAUAUUGGUUACCUUUAGAUAGUGUCAUUUAGCAAGAGAAUCCUACUUGGGAUUAUCUUCUACUCUUGCUGUUAAAUUCUGAGUGGUGUUGAAUCUAUUUUAACAAUUUCUGAAGUAAUCCUGAAUUCAUUGAUACAAAUUUGGAAUUCAAAUUUUAUAG